UGCAUUGCAUCUUUUGAUAUAGUUCAGACACAUUUCACUCGACGUGUUGUGCAAAGCUACAAGGGAUUUCUGCAAAUUUCUGCAAAUUUCUGGAAAAGUAAGACACCUUUCUGCUCAAGACUUCUUGCAGCCUUACAAGAGUUCAACUCCCACCGUCACGAAGGAAAGCGACCCAGCAUCCAUCAUCCGUCAUGGACAAGCUUACUGUGCCCGUUCACCUCAAAGACCAUAAUUAUCGGAUGAAAAACACUGCAUGCCAGGCCUGUGAUGCGGAGAAACCCAGAGCCUGCCGCAAACAACCGUGCUGCAGCAAGGACCAGGUUAUUAAUUCAACCCUGAGGCCCCGGCGCUCUGAUAGAAUAGCCAGUCAGCCCCAGAAAAGGAAGCGAAGCCCAGCAUCCAGUUCUUCCCGACCUUUGGUUAAACCUCGAAAGAACUCGGUGCCUCCCUCUGCUAUUUCACAUGACGACCUGCCAGUGGCAAAAAAAAUGCCCCCCAGACCCGAGCCAUGCAGUACCGACCACCAGCCAACCAGCUCCGGUGACAGCCCUUUAAAAAUCCACAAUCUCUCAGUGGAAGAUUAUCAGCGACUCUACCAUGAGGUGGUAGAUAGCAUGCUGACGUACAAGAAUGGCCGCCCUCGUCCCUACAGUUUAGAGCUGGGGAGACGCAUUAAGAAAAAGCUGUGGGAGAGACUGAAUCGUCCUGUGGUGCAGACAUCAACUAACGAGGAUGGACUUGAACACAUUGACAUGGUGUAUGGGCAAAAAGUCAAACUCCCAAACUAUGAUUUUGACAUUUCGAGUUAGCCACAUCCUCAACAUCCACCGAGCAAAAGAGGAAAGGAAAACUGAAUGUAGAGCAGCAGGAGCACUGCUACAAGACAUACAAUCAAAAACUGUGAAACACACAAAUCAACUGUAGAUAAAAUUACUGUAAAUAUAUGACAAAUGUUUUUGUAAAUAGUUCAGAUGUGACUUUAAUGAUUAAAAUGUAAUUU